AUGAUUAUUCUUAUUAACCGAUUAUUAUUGACUAUCAAUUGUAAAGUAUUAGAUACAAUGGUUCCAAUUCUUCUAGCAAUCAAUGAUUGGUUAAAUGGAUCUAAAUGGAUAACACCAAUUGUUAUUAUUGUAACAGUUUUCACUCAUCUUCAUGAUUCUGUUCAUCGUCAUUUGAUUGAUGAUAUUAAUGUUGAUGAACAAGGAACUUAG